CUCUCUCUCUCCAAAUCAAAAUCCAUAAUCUCAAUUCUCAACCCCCUCCAAAAAAAAAAAAAAAAAGUAACGGAAUAGUGAAACAAGAGACGGAGAAAGGGACAGAGGGAGAAAAUGGCGUGGUUGGCUCGCUCCCUCGCCGACUCUCUCCGGCUCGACGACGACGACGACGAAAAUCAAAAUCGAAUCGCGAACGAAGUCGAGAUCGAGCCGCCUGAGGGGGGGCCAUCGCGCGGCGUCAAAGAAGACCUGACCGAGCUCACGCAGACAUUCACGCGCCAGCUCUGGGGCGUCGCCAAUUUCCUCGCCCCGCCUCCGUCUCAGCCUAACACCCCUUCUCCGCCGUCGAAUCCGUCCGUUGAUGAAUGGAGCCGAUUGGAGCCCUCCGAUCGGUCCGAUCACUGCGACGGUGGACCGCGAGAGCGAUCGAGUGAUGUGGUAUCCGGAUCGAGAAGCGACGUGACCGAGGAGGCCCCGAAACUGCACUCGAUUGAGUCGGGAAGUGAAAUUGGAGACGAAGACGACGAUUUUGGGGAAGAGGAGUGUGCUUAUGGUGAUGCUGUAGGGGUUACGGACGAGGUCUUGGCGUUCGCGCGGAAUAUCUCGAUGCAUCCUGAAACUUGGCUUGAUUUUCCUCUUGAUUCGGAAGACGAUUUAGAUGAUUUCGAGAUGUCAGUUGCCCAGCGAGAGCAUGCUGUAGCUAUUGAACAAUUAGCUCCUCGAUUGCGUGCUCUGAGGAUUGAAUUUUGUCCGUGUCAUAUGACCGAAAGUUAUUUUUGGAAAGUCUACUUCGUUCUUCUGCAUUCAAGACUGGACAAACAUGACGCAGAAAUCUUGUACACGCCCCAGGUUGUGGAGGCGAGAAAAAUGUGGAUGCAGGAAUUACAGAAGCAGACAAACACAGAAAAUGACUGGUAUGGAAGACAAAUUUAUCAUAUGAAAGAAAACUCAGACAUGCUGCAGGAAGAUCUCCUUCCUGGUUCACCCAGUUACAUGCAUUCUGCAGGCAUGGCACAUAGGACUAAUGAUUUUGAACCAUCAAAAUCGUCCACAUCAAGAUUUAGUGACCCUGAAAAGUGUCCUAGUAUAAGUUCGGGGACACAUGUCACUUGUGAAUCUGUAGCUGAAGAAAAUGCAGUGCAGAUUAAGGAUAAGGAUUUACUGUUAGGUGGAUCCUCUAAAAUGCCUAUUCAAAACUUCGAUGAUGGUGAUGAUGAUGAUGAUUGGCCGGAGGAGGAAGAUUCAGAUCUCCUCGGCUACAAUGCAGGUGUUAUUACUGUGGGAAUCGAAGAGGAUAUUUCCUUUAGUGAUCUCGAGGGUGAUGAGGAUGUCUGUAUGCCCAUUAAGUCCAAGCCAGUUUCUUGACCAACAGUUAAAAGAAGUGACUGGGUUAUCAUUUUGGAAUACUGUUUUGAGUGAAGGAUCCAUUAUUCGAGCAUUGGAAUUAUGCUUAAACACGGUUUCUGCAUCAGCCUGCCGUCCUCGCUUCCUUCUCACCUUGUGUUCAUGCUGUUUUGGAUCUAGCGACUUAAAAGGUGUCUGAAGGACAAUCUUUUCAUGGUGAAUUCAAUAUGUGGUAUCGCCUGCAACCAACUGCCAUGCUUUCAUGCUUAUGGACUAUAAUUCUUCACCAGGUCAAGUCUGCAAUUGGAGCAUACAUAACAUCGGUUCUUCCUUUGCCAGUGUAUUGAGCUUAUUUGCAUCGGGGUGAGAAGCUGUACAGGACAUUGUCUUCGGAAUUGCUUUUUCUACUUGAAAGAACACCAUUCAAUUGAAGAUCAGAUACUUCUUGAUUUUUUUGGACUGUUAAACUGAAACAAUGUGCAGAGGACUUUGGAACCUCAUCCUCCUAAAACUAGUAGGCAAAAGGUUCUACUUGUCUCGCAUAGUUGGUUUGAGCAACAAUGUGCAUUGGAUUUGCGAAAUUCGUUUGCUUCAUGUGAUUGCUAUUGUAACAUAAUGGACCAUACAAGGAAUGACAAGAGUUUAAAUUCGUUUGCUUCA